CGCAAAUAGCCGGCGGCUCCUCCGCCCGCUGCCGCCCGGCGCACGCUGGGGCUCCAAUUUCCCGGCGUCAGCCCCCGGCUCCGCUCAGCUGUCGUCCCCCUGUGCCCUGUCACUCCGCCGGCCACGGCACCGCCCGCCACCGAGCGCUCGGGGCUCUGCGGCCGACGGGGCCCCCCCGGCACCGGCCGCCCUUGGGGGGCUUCUGCAGCGCAGGGCGAGACCGCCAGGCACAGGCAUGACGGAGAAGGAGGUGCCGGAGCCGGCAGCUUCACCUGCCUCAGGUGGGAAACCCAAGAGCCGGCAGCUGCAGAAGCUGAAGCAGCUUUUCCAGCGAAAGCCCAAGGAGGAGCCGGUGCAGGAGCCGCAGCCCAACGGGGAGCUGGUCAGCCCCUCGGGGGGACCCAUCUACUACAUCUAUGAGGAUGACGAAGAGGAGGAAGAGGAGGAGGAGCCCGAGCCCCCUCCCGAACCCGAGAAACUUGUUAACGACAAACCGCACAAGUUCAAAGACCAUUACUUCAAGAAGCCCAAAUUCUGCGAUGUUUGUGCCCGCAUGAUCGUCCUCAACAACAAAUUCGGCCUGAGGUGCAAGAACUGCAAAACCAACAUCCACCACCACUGCCAGACCUACGUGGAGAUGCAGCGCUGCUUCGGCAAGAUCCCUCCGGGGUUCCGGCGGGCGUACAGCUCCCCCCUCUACAGCGACCAGCAGCUCGGCGGCACCAAGGACCAGCUCGCCCCCACAGCAAACAGGAGCGACCCCGUGUUCGAGACGCUGCGGACAGGGGUGAUCAUGGCCAACAAGGAGCGCAAGAAGGGGCAGGACGACAAGAAGAACCCCUUGGCUGCGAUGAUGGACGAGGAGUCGGAGGCCACGAAGCCGGUGGGGAGCAAAGCUGAGGGUGGUGCCUCCGAGGGGGACAAGAAGGCUGAGAAGAGCCCGACAGAUGACAAGAGCAAGAAGCCGCAGCCAGGGGGGUUCCUGCAGUCCCACUAUUUCGUGGCACUUUAUCGCUUCAAAGCCCUGGAGAAGGACGACCUGGACUUCCCGCCGGGGGAGAAGAUCACGGUGGUCGAUGACUCCAACGAGGAGUGGUGGCGGGGGAAGAUCGGGGAGAAGGUCGGGUACUUCCCCCCCAACUUCAUUAUCCGGGUGCGGGCAGGCGAGCGGGUGCACAAGGUGACGCGUUCCUUCGUGGGCAACCGGGAGAUCGGGCAGAUCACGCUCAAAAAGGAUCAGAUCGUGGUGCAGAAGGGGGAGGAGGUGAACGGAUACGUCAAAGUCUUCACCGGCCGCAAAGUGGGGCUGUUCCCCGUGGACUUCCUGGAGGAGAUCUGAGGGGGGCUGCGGGGUGGGGG